AUAUCUGAAAGCGCAUGCGCGAAACCGUUGUGGUUGCGCGGGCCACUGCUUAUUCAUUCGGCAUUCAGCUCUCUUGCACGCGGAAAGGCAAGCAUAUUCGAUUCCGUGAAACAUGUCUGGACGCGGCAAAGGCGGCAAGACCAAGGGGAAGGCGAAGACCCGCAGUAGCAGGGCUGGGCUGCAGUUUCCCGUAGGGAGGAUCCAUCGUCUCCUCAGGAAAGGCAACUAUGCGGAACGUGUCGGAGCCGGUGCGCCGGUCUAUCUCGCCGCCGUGAUGGAAUAUCUGGCGGCCGAAGUGCUCGAGUUGGCUGGAAACGCAGCCAGGGACAACAAAAAGACUAGGAUAAUCCCACGUCAUUUGCAACUGGCUAUUCGUAAUGACGAAGAGCUGAAUAAAUUAUUGUCUGGAGUAACCAUUGCUCAAGGUGGAGUUCUGCCUAAUAUUCAAGCGGUCCUGUUGCCAAAGAAAACUGGUACUGGUGGUUCUGGAAAAGGCGACAAAGCAUCACAGGAAUAUUAGAUUAUUAUACAUUUAUAACUCUCUUUAGAAAUAUGUUUUUCGUUUCAUGAAACAAGAGGGAAAAAAUAAUAUUUCUAAUAUAUCUCAGCAUAUUUUACAUCUAGGUACUACAUUUUUUUUGCUUAAUUGACAAUCUGCAAACAAAUAAUAUUAUAUACUGAGAUUUUGGACUUAGCGCAAUGUAAGCAUAGUCUGGAAAUUAAUAUAGCAGAAUUGCAAUUUAUUCUUCAGUGUUGAAACAUUUUAAUCAAAACAAAAUGUAUUUCAUAGAAACAGUAAUUAUACUUUCAACACAACACAAGUGUCCAGUAUAGGACUAAAAGUAGUAGUAUAUAUUCUACUAUUACUUUUUCAUUCAUUUUCAUUCUUUUCUUACAUUGCGCUAAGUCCUUUCCUGGAGACUGUUGAAAGUAUAAUUACUGUCCAUGAAAUACUAUAAUGUUUUGAUUAAGAUGUUUCAAUGCUAAAGAGUAAUUGCAAUUCUGCUAUGUUAAUUUCCAGACUGCUGUAACCAUUAAUGAAUGUUUCUUGAUUUAUUUAAGUACAAUGUUUUAUUUAAAUAAUAAGUGUGCGUUAUAUAUA